AUGACUGACAUCGACAAUCGUUCCUCAAAGAAAGAAACACAGUAUAUAAACCGCCACAUCGUUGAUGAUAUUCAGCAGGUAACUUGUCGGAACAAGAUACAAGAUGCGUUUCUUCGUGCUAGCACUAUGCGUGGCUGCAGCUCUAGCUGCCCCUGUGAAGAAAGAAAAUCCAUGGCAGAAACACAGACAAGCUGUGAUUGGCCAGAUUAUUCCUACACUUGAGGCUGAGUUUGAGAAGAUGAGCCCCGAACUCCAAGAGAAACUCCAGAAAAUCAAAGCUGAUAUGGUCAAGAAACAAGAAGAGGCAGAGGCCAAGAAGCAAGCAAGAAAACAACAGAUCGCCGACAUCAAGAAGGAGAUUUCUGAAAACCAAGAAGAGUUCUUGCAGGAACUUGAAGUUGAGUUCGAGAAACUUCCAGAAGCCAGCCGCGAGGAACUUAUUGCCACAAAGGCAGCAUGGGAAGCCAAACAGAAAGCAGUCGAAGAGAGAAGGAAGGUCAUCGCAGCAAAGAAGGAAGAGAUGAAGAAAGCAAAAGAAGAAAAAGCUAAAGCUAUUGCCGAGGCCAAGCAGAAGAGAAAAGAAGAGGAGGAAAAAUUCAAGACAUUCCUCACUGAGAAACUUAAUGAAUAUUUCGAUCAACUCCCCGAAGAAAAGCAACAGGAGCUUCUCAAGCUGAAGGAAGAACGUGAAAAGCAGAUCGCUGCCAAGAAAGAACAGAAAGAAAAGAAGACCGAAGAGACCCAAGAGGAUGAGGUAGAAGAAGAAAACUGGGAAGCCGAGCUUGAAAAGGAACUCGAUACUCUGACUAAACAACUUGAAGAGGAUUCCAGAAUCUUCCUUGAAGAAUAUGAGAAAUUCCUAAAGGAGCUUUUCGAAGAAGAGACAACCGAAGAGACCCAGGAAGAUGAAGAAGCCGAAGUUGACUGGGAACAGGAGGUGGACAACAUGCUUAAGGAACUUGAACAGGAAACCGAACAAGUUCUUCUAGAAUACGAACAGUUCUUGAAGGAUCUUUUCGAAGAAGAGGAAGAAGAAGAGGUUGCUGAAGAUGAGGUAUCUGAAACUAGCUUCGAGAAGUGGUUGAGAAUGGUUGGUGAGGCCAAUGAUGCCAUCAUCGCUGAAGUUGAAAAGGCAUUAGAAGCCAUGCUCAAGGAAGAAGGUGAAGAAGUCCCACAAGAAGAUGAGAUCUCCAGCGAAGAAUUUGUUGAGGAGGUCCACGCUGAGAUUACAAAGAAGGUCGAGGCAGCCGUUGGCGCAGUAUUAGAGGCUAUGGAAACCAAAAUCAACAAGAAACUUGUCGCUAGAGAGGAAGCCAUCCUCAAGAAAGUCAAAGCUAUUGAAGCCAGAACUGAGAAGACCAAGGGAAGAAAGACCGAAGAGAUGACUGAUGAAGAAAUUGAACAGGAAGUCGAAUCUUUCCUUGAGGAACUCCGUGUUGAGCUUGGUAUGACCAAUGAAGAGUUUGCUAAGGAACUCGAAGAGAUCAUCACAGCUGUAGCUGGGGAGAUUGAUGAGUCCGAAAAGGCUGAAGAUGAGAUCAAUAUGGAGGAAUUCGUAGAUGAAGUCCACAAUGAGAUCACCAAGAAAGUUGAGGAGCGUGUCACUGCUGUUAUGCAGAGAAUGGAGCAAGCCAUUACCAAGCAGCUCGAGACUCAGGAGAAAGCCAUCUUGAAGAAGGUCGCUGCCAUUGAAGCUAGAGUCGAAAAGAGCAAGACAAGAAGCAGAAAGACCGAAGAGAUGACUGAUGAAGAAAUUGAACAAGAAGUCGAAUCUUUCCUUGAGGAACUCCGUGUUGAGCUCGGUAUGACCAAUGAAGAUUUUGCUAAGGAACUCGAAGAGAUCAUCACCGCUGUAGCUGAGGAGAUUGAAGCAUAA